UUUUCUUUAGCUUUUUCUGAUUUUAAGAAAUUUAAUUUUGCGAUUUGAGUUCCUCGUUGGACUCGACGAUGCAGAAAAGCAACGGGAUUAACGUUAAGACCGCUAUUCUCCUGGGUGCUCUCUUCUGUGCAUUUAUCCUCGUCCUAGGUUUUUCCCUGUCAAAGACCGCUGGCGCUCCGGCGAACAAGGACUGUCUGUUACCGAAGGUUGUGGGUUCAUGCCGAGCUGCCAUACCUAGAUUCUACUACAACUCCAAUUCAGGAAAGUGCGAAGAGUUUACCUACGGUGGUUGCGAUGGAAACGCGAAUAAUUUUCAAACAGAAGAGGAAUGCAAAAAAGCAUGUCAUGCUGCCUGUCUGUACCUGACCGCUGGCUAUCCAGCGAACGAAGGCUGUCUGUUACCGAUGAAGGUGGGUCCAUGCCGAGCCGCCUGGCCUAGCUACUACUACAACUCCAAGUCAGAAAAAUGUGAAGAGUUUACCUACGGUGGUUGCGAUGCAAACGCAAAUAAUUUUCAAACGGAAGAGGAAUGCAAAAAAGCAUGUUUGUAAAAUGCUGCCAGAGGACGCCCGAUCUGUCUCAGGAAACACCAGAAAGUGUAGAUUAGGAUUAAUCGAAUGAAAACCGAAUAAAUACAAAAUAAAAUAAAAUAAAUUGUCAUUGUAAA